GCGCGCCCGCAGCUGCGAAGUCCGUCAUUCUCCCGCCGGAACGUUGGGUGCGUGGAAGCAACCAGCCGAGCAGCCAAUCUGCUAGCUAUCGGCAUUACUGGUCUCGGAACCAGUCGAUCGUUUCUUGCCCAUAGCUAGCAGAGAGGAACGGGCAGGAAGGAAAGACUUAGUGUGAGGGCGGAAGAGUGGGAGGCGGAAGCAGGGCAGCAUGAAGGCGAUCGGGGACGCGAUGACCAAGCACGUUGCCUGUGCAGCGCCAGGACCGAGCCUGGGAUCGACAUGUAUGUUGCCAGAAGGAGCAGGGCGGCGCGGAAGAGGUGGGAGAGGGAGGUGGGAUGGCGGUCGCACAACAAGGUGCUCCUUCGGGAGUGUGGGUGGAGAUGCUGUUUCCCCCCUCGAGGUCGGCGAGGCUAGUUGCAGCCGCAACAGCGGCACGAGCAAGAAAUGGCCGACGUCGUCUUCGUGUUCGACGGCCUUUUUCUCCUCCUCCUCCUCCUCCUCCUCCUCCUCCUCUCCCUUCUCGUCCUGCGGACGGACGUCACGAGAGCGCUGUCUAGGCAGGGACAGCAGCAAGUGUUCAAUGGUCAUCGUAUGGACAACGCCAACGACGGCGAGGGGGCGGCGGCGGAGCAGUGGACACGUGUCAGCAUUGCCCGGCAGGACAGCGCGGCGCGCAGCAGGGCCAUUGCCUGGCACGGCGGUAGCAAUGAGUGGAAGGGGACCGGAGGGAGGAAACGGCCAACAGAGAUUCGCGGGAUUUCCGAGCAUCCAACUUCCUCCGUCGUCUGGCUCCUCGUCGGGAUCGGAACCGUACUUGCCCUUCCGCCCACCCCCAGGGAUGUCGUCCGGUCCGAGCGUAUCUGGUACGACCGAAGAUCAUCUGGAGGUCCUUCGCGAGCGCCGCGCCGCGUGGCAGGAGCUUGCCCCUUACCUCUCCGCGCUCGCGCGCGCCGGCUUUACCCCUGCCACGAUCGACGAGGCGACGGGGCUUACUGGGGUGGAGCAGAACAACAUCAUCGUUGGCGCACAGGUUUACAACUCUCUUAGAGCCGGAGGUCUGGAUCCCGACGUGCUGGCGGAGUUCGAAGUGUCUGGCGCGGAGGUCCUGUACGAGCUGAGGAUACUGUCGAACUCCCAGCGGAAGGCGGCGGCGGAGUACGUAUCUGCGCACAAGCUGGACGCGAAGGGAGCGCGCGAUUUGGCGCGUGCCAUCAAGGAUCACGAGCGGAAGCGCGGCGGAGAUGCGCGCCGGUUCUUCAGCACCGCUCCGGGCGAUUGCCUCGCGUUCUCGUAUUAUCGGUUGAGUAGAGAAGGCAGGAGCGAGGAGGAGCGGAAGGAGGCGGCGGAGAAGGGGUUGGAGCACGCGGUAACGGAGAGCGCGAGGCAGGCGUUGGAAGCGGUGCUGAGAGGAGAGCGCGAGGGGCGGGGGGGCGCGCUGGCCGGCAUCGUUGACGCAGGCGGCGGGAAUGUCGUAAUGAGCAAGUUGGAAUUGCACCGGCUAACUGCGGACGAAGUGUCUUGGCGGGUUGUUCCUCUGGUUGGGGAUUUGGCGUCAAUAGACGAGGAGGCGAUCUCUAUGGCGCCCAAGCCCCGGUUGGGCACCGCUUCCGGGGCUUUUUGUACGGUUCACACGGAGAAGAGCGAGAGAGAGGAGCAGUGGGCGGUAGUCCCUGGCUGGGUGGCUUUGGCCAAGGCGGCCUCUCCUGUCGCUCUUAUUGUCCAUGCCGAGGCAGUGAAAAACAGGCGCGUACCAGACGCCCAGUGGGCGGCAAUGAGGCCGGAAAUAGAUUUUCCGGUGCUGCUGAUAGUAGACAGAGAAGUCGAUGCUGUCGUGGAGACAGAGUACUAUAUCCAGGGGAAGGACGGGAAGGAUGAGGAGAAGGGAGUGUUAUUAGUCACAGGAAGCAAGGUGCUUGAAAGUGGGCGGCGACCAUGCGGGAGAGUUGUUCUGGGAAUGAAACCCCCUCUCCCACAGGUAGACGAUGACACCCUCGACGAUUCUUGAUGUCUGGAAUCUCUCCCCCCUCCUUUGCGUGUCUGUGUGUGACACUCUGUGUGUGCGUGUGUGUGUGUGCGUGUGUGUUUCAUUUUCAUUUUCAUUCCUUCUCAGUUCCCCCGUCUUCUUUGAUAAUCAUGGCCCUCGUCGCCGUCUCUACCUACUCUACCCCACCUUGCGGACGGUAAGUUAUGCGGUCCUUCUUUCGCUUGCCCAUUGAUUCAGGUUGAAGCUUCGUCUUUCUUUUCCUUUCCCCACUUUCUCCCCUUUUUUCUACCUCGGGUUUGUUUGGAAAUUAUUUGCGAUUUCGGCCGACUGCUGCAUUCAUCGAUUUGUACAGUUAGUCCAAUUAUCUUGUAGCUGAAAAAAAAGAGAAGAUUCGUUCCGAAUGAAAAAGGAUCAGCUGUGUACAUGCUUGUGCGUUCCCUUCGCCUCAUCUCUAUGUCUGUUUGUCUGCCUGUCUAUUUGUCUGUCUAUGUGUCUGUCUGUCUCGGCACAUCUCUCUGUCUGCCUGUAUACAUGCCCUUUCAAGUUCUGUCUGCCCGCUGCUUUCUGUCGGCUUCUCUGUCUCUCUGUCUGCCUUCCUGCCUGCCUGUCUGUCUGCGUCUUCCUUCGAGAAGAAGUUUGCGCAGAGUCACAAUAGAGGACAGCCAAGAUUCGAACCUACGCCUUUCGCCGCAAGAGAUAAACGUGUCUGUCUGUCUGCCUGCCUGCCUGUCUGCCACAAUAGAUAAACCUGUCUGCCGCAAUAGAUCAACCUGUCUGCGUCUUCCUUCGAGAAGAAGGUUGCGAUUAGAGGCAGGAUUCGAACCUACGACUUUCGCCGCAAUAAACCUCUCUGUCUGUCUGUCUGCCUGUCUGAACCUGUCUGCCUGUCUGAACCUGUCUGUCUGCAGCUAUAGAUAAACCUGUCGGCGUCUUCCUUCUAGAAGAAGGUUGCGAAGAGUCACAAUAGACGGACAUAUAGAGAGACAGAUAGACAAGAUGCAUUGAGGAGAGGCAGGAUUCGAACCUCUAACGUGCGACUUUCGAUAUUUUUCUGCAUACCGCGUCAGGUUUAUCUAUUGCGUUUGCGAGCCGUUUAUUAGUGGGGGCAUCAACACCAUUACCGCGGGGACGCGGGGACGUGUCUCCUCUUCUUCCUGUCCGGGUGUGUGCCUUGAUUCUGCCUUUAUGGUGAUACAGAUGUACCUUCCGCCAAUGUUCCCUUGCUGCAAAGGUCCUUACGAAGAUCCUAUCCUAGCGCACGGACGUGUGCGAUAACUGUGGCGAUAAAGAUGUACCUUGCACCAUCUCUUCUCCUUCCUGUUCGAUAAAGAUGUACCUUGCAC